GUUAAACACAGUAGUGUGUUUUAAAAUAUAUUAUUGUGUAUCUUUACUUGAAUUGUGCAUGGAUUUUAUUUAUAUUUACUAAUAAUAAGGAAAACUGGCAUAAAUGAGAUUGUGAAUGAGGAGCAUGAAUGUUAAUUAUAUUUCUUCAUAUUAAAUGUUCUUUAGAAUUCAACUUUAAGUCUAUUUUCAGAAGUAAAAAGAAGAAAAAACAACAAUGAGCUUCAAUCAGCAACAUUUCCAUUGGGCUGACUAUCUAGUCCUACUUGCUAUGCUGGUUUUUUCUGCUGGAAUUGGAAUAUACUUUCGCUUUACUGGAGGGAAGCAAAAAACGACUGAAGAGUAUCUACUAGGAGAUCGUAACCAAAAAGUUCUUCCGGUAGCAAUUUCUUUGAUGGCAAGUUUCCUAUCUGCUAUUGCUAUUCUGGGGACUUCAGCUGAGAUGUAUAUGUUUGGUACACAGUAUCUCAUCGUCAACCUCAGUUAUAUUGUGUGCACUCCAAUAGCGUGCUAUCUCUUUAUUCCGGUCUUCUUUAAACUUCAAGCUACCUCUGCUUAUGAGUACUUGGAGCGACGAUUUGGACGCACAACUCGUACUGCAGCUUCAUUCAUGUACAGUUUCCAAGUGAUGGUUUACACUGGAGUGAUCCUAUACACUCCAGCCAUGACACUUCAGGUGUUGACUGGUUUGUCAGUCGAGUUGGCCAUCUUACUUGUUGGCCUGGUCUGUGUCUUCUACUCCACCAUCGGAGGAAUUAAAGCAGUUAUUGUCACCGAUGUCUUUCAGGCUCUUCUGAUGUUUGCAGCUGUAUUUUGUGUCAUUGUCUCUGGAAUCAAAGCCAAAGGAAGUGUGGGGAAUAUCUGGAGGAUUGCUGAAGAGAGAGGCAGAAUAGAAUUCUUCAAUUUCACUCCAGAUCUGACAGUCCGGCACACAUUCUGGUCUCUGAUGUGUGGAGGAGGACUCACAUUCCUGUCCCAGUUCGCUGUUAACCAAACCCAAGUGCAGAGAUACAUGACCAUGAAAGAUGUUGAUUCCGCUAAAAGGGCUCUGUGGAUUUCCACUCCAAUUGUUGUUGUGUUUUAUGCCAUCACAGGAUUUGCGGGUCUUUCAAUAUUUGCUGCUUACAGUGACUGUGAUCCGAUUACGUCAGGCCGUAUCAAGAUCCGAGACGAACUAGUGCCGCUCUUUGUAGUGGAGAGUCUGGGAGAGUACCCAGGUCUUGCAGGUCUGUUCAUUGCUGGCAUUUUCUCCGCAGCCCUCAGCUCCGUCUCAGCAACCACCAACUCUCUGGCUGCUGUCACUGUCGAGGACUAUAUCAAGCCCCUGUACAUGUGGUUACAUGAGAAGCCAUUCCCAGAGGGUAGGACUACAAUACUGUCUAAAAUGUUGGCUAUGACAUACGGCAUUAUCUGCGUUUUACUUGGAUUUCUGGCACGCUUUGUGGAUGGCAUCCUGCAAGCUGCAAUAUCUAUCAUUGGAGUGGUGGGAGGCCCUCUCUUGGGAACUUUCACUCUGGGAAUGUUUAUUCCUGCAGCAAAUGAACCAGGAGUGUUAGCUGGCAUGGUAGCAGGUGUGUUGUGCUCUCUGUGGGUGUCACUACAGGAACACCCUCCCCCUCACCACCUACCACUGUCUACUGCAGGGUGUCCUGCUAACACUAGUCUACCUCUCACCUCCCAUGCUCUACUCUCUGAUGACAACAGUGACCAUACAUUCUGGAAUAACCUGAGCUACAUGUGGUUCAUCGUAACAGGAUUUCUAGUGACAACUGUGCUGGGCAGUCUGGUCAGUUGUAUCACUAGCUGCUGCCACACCCCAAACAGGACACUGGAUCCAGACCUCUUCAGUGCCCCGGUGGCUGCCCUCUUGCGCUCCAGGCUACCACCCCAUCACGACCGCAGGGUAAAACACCAAGAAAUAAGUCAUCCCUUAGAAGAAAAACUGCCUACAGAACUUUCUUGUGAAUGAAGCUAACUGACAAGUUUACAUCAUCACUCAAUGUUUCAAAGAAAAAGUUUCAGACAAAGAGGAAAAUACACAUAUAUUAUAUGUAAAAUUCUACUCCUUGACUAUAAAAUUUCUAUUCCUGUCUUUUUGUUUUUGUAAGUACGCAAUUAUAUUGUCAGUUUAACUUGA